AUGGAGUCCCUGCCCCAAGUGGAGGCACGAAUUUCUUCUGAAUUGCAACGUGCAGCCUAUGUGUGGUCUCCUCCGAGUCCGUUUCGCGACUUGCAAUUGCCAUUCUACGAGGACGCAGCUAUUGAUGUCCGCCGAGAUUGGCCCGGGCCCACAAGGCCUUCAGCUGAAGGUUGGUCGAAGACGCGGGUUCGCGAGCGAUCUUCUCUUCCACAAGGGUCAAGAGAACAUCAGACAGGCGGCCUCGAAUCGGAUAACAAACGCGCGAGGGACAACAGGGGCCGCUUGAAAGUUGAGUGGCUAGAGGUCUUCUGGGAGCCGGCACGCGCAGCUAGCGCAUUACCCCUCAGGGUGGCCCAGAGAGACAACAAGGCGGCAGACACUAAGCAACUCCGAGAUGGCGGCCGGAGUGCGCGCGCGGGUGAUGACGCGGGAGAUGCCACACAGAAUAGAGUUAAAGUUCGGGGGCGACAUCUCCGCGCUCCAGAAGCGGCGACGCAGAGCACGGUGGGCGUCGUCGUCCAGCAGACACCGACACUGGCAGAGACAGAGACGCGCCGGGCAGAGAGGCCAGAGACGGCGCGCGGGUCGAGUGCCGCGGCGAUGCGGCUGUUCCCGCGCGACGUCCGCGGCUCGGGCGCAGAAUUGUGGGGAAAUGCGGGGCCGGCGGGACGCGGGUCUAGUGUCAGCACCAGCGUCAUCCGCGACGGGCGCCUGCGCGCGGACGAGGGCCUCGGUCGAUCCAGGCAUGGCGUCACGUGGACCGCAGGGAGGAUAGGAAGAGACGGGGAGAGAUGCGAGAUGCGCGCAAGACUAUCGUCGGGUUUCUGUCUCUUCCUCCAGAGUCCACGCCCGGACGCCCCUCUGUCCCUCCCGGACAGCCUCGACGCCCCAACGUCGACGCCCACACGCGGUCUGCCCCGCCCUGCCCCGCCCACACAGUGCACCAGGCUCGCACCGCCCGCCAUGCGGCCACGCUCCAGCUUCGCGGCCAUGGCCAACAGAAACGGCUCCUCCUCGUCCCUGUCCUCGUCCUCCGAGCCCGCCCUCGAGAACGGCGAGCCGGCCCAGUUGCACAAAGCGCGUCUGGCGAGGGGAGAGGCGGCAUGUCCGGCGGCGGGCGCAUCACCUAGCGGAGACGCGACGAAAGGGUGGGCGGCGAGGAAUGGCAGUCCGUCGAAACAAGAGGCCCGGCGACCAUAUAAGUCGGUCCUAGGUUUCCGCGCGCGCAGGGGAGGCGGCUCGCCGGGCUCAAUAAGGGCAGUUCUGGAGCGGACGGGCCCGCAAGGGACACACGGCGUGGGCCAGUGCGAGGGUGUCACAGGUAUUCUUGUGGCGCUGCGGUGGGAGAUACGGGCGCGGCGCGGGGCAGACUUGCCUGUUCCUGCGUGCUUCGCGGGGCGAUCCACGGCUUCUCGGUGUGGCGGCGCCUCGGGGGCGAUUUUGCCAGGUCCAGGAGGCUCGUUCAAUGGGCCACUGGCCGCAUGCCGUGCGGCGCGAACCCCCGAGCGGCACAUCCUCGCAGGCGACGUAGGGGACAUGGGGAUACGGCGGGGUCGAGUGCCGGCCGCCCGACAUGGAGCAGAGGAUGCCCGCACGUGGGGCGCGCAUGGUAGUCGGCCGCAGCAAGGUGGGCGGCGGACCAUAGGCUCCAGAGCGGUAGAUGUCCUCCCGUUUGGUCAGCGCACGCCUAUGAGCUAUCCGGUGCUCUGGUAG